AUGGCGUACCAGUUACCUCACGAAACUAGCACCAAACGCAAGUUCAAUGAUUAUGCCGCUGCCAGCACAGCCAGGAUGAGACAUAACGAAAUCCUCUUCAAUUCUUCUCUGAAAACUCCCAUUCAAUUCUUCGUCCGUAUGUUUUCCGGCGGCAAAACCCUGGUCAUUCAAGCCUAUUCGUCUGAUACAGUUACAUCACUUGAGUUGUCCCAAACGCUAUCGGAAUGUGGCGUACAAAAUGACGAUACCCUGCAACUGAUGAGUGACUUGAAUUUGGUUAUUCAUGACCUCUGCAACUGCAAUGACGACACAGAUAUUAAUGCUAAUGUUACCCGUAUGACGAAGAUGCUUACCGAUUUUCUCGCAAAUACCCCGAAGGAUGGCGCAGAUGGAUCAGAGGAAUAUCUCCAAAUAUUUAUUUACUUCUCUGUUCCUGCGGCCAUGGUAAAACUUUAUGUAUCUCCUUCUGUAAUUAAAAAACAAGCUGCGCAUGGAUGCAUUUGUCAAUUUAUAGAUAACUGUAAGAUACUUUUCACCGAUCCUACAACCGUAUAUAGGCAGUUUGCUCCAAUAUUCUUCGAGUUCUGUACGAUUCUAAGAGGGGCUGCGGGUGUUGAUGAUACUUUAUAUAUAUUUUGCCGUAGUAGUUUAGCUGCAAUGAUGAAGAGGAAUGUCCAUGAUGUUAAGCAUGUGUUAAGAUUGCAGGAUAUUUUCCCUUUUGUUCAUGAGUUGGCAACAAGGUUAUCUCAUGCUUUGGAAUUGAGUGUGCAAUUAGCUGAGUUUAUACAGUUAUCAGAGAGUGAUGUGCGUGAGUUUAUUCAGUUCAUGCAUCGGGUAAAGUGUGCAAUACGACGUCAAAAAGCAUUUGGCAGUCUGGUUAGUUUCCCUUCCUUGAUGCAAGAUGAAGCAGGAAAUGAAAGAUCUGAGAUUAAAGGCGUGCAUCAUGUUUUUUGUGACUUGCUGGAAAAAUCGGAGCUUUGUCUGAAGGAACUGGAACGCCAGCUGGGUUUGAUGCUUCUAGAAGGGAGGCACAAGAACGAGGAGCUUUACGAGAUGCUCAUUUGCAGGUCUCGUUUGUUUGAAGACUCAUUUGAGUACAUUGGACAUGCUAGUCCUAGGUCUCUGCGAGGUCAAUUAUUUAUUCAAUUUGAGAAUGAAGAAGCUACCGGGCCUGGUGUGUUGAGGGAGUGGUUUUCCUUGGUAUGUGAAGCCAUUUUCAACCCUCAAAAUGCUCUAUUUGUUUCAUGCCCAAAUGACGGUAGAAGGUUUUUCCCAAAUCCAGCAUUGCACCUUGAGUAUUUUGUCUUCUCCGGCAGGAUUAUUGCAUUGGCCUUGUUGUAUAGAGUACAAAUAAGCAUUGCGUUUGAUCGUGUUUUCUUUUUGCAAUUAGCUGGAGAGGAUAUUUCGUUUGAAGACAUUAGGGAUGCAGAUCCCUACUUGUACAGUGGCUGCAAGAAGAUACUGAAGAUAUACUAG